UUUUAUUAUAUGAACCUUUUGAAUACAACAGUAGACACUAAACUUGGAACAAUAGCUGAAAUUAACGGCAAUCUAAUCCAUGUAGAAAAUGAAUCGAGUCCAGCUAUAAACGAAGUGGCAGCUAAUAAUGUAGAUAACACCUACUUUUUUUUUCUUUUAGAGAGUCAACUCAUCGCUUUGAUAGAUAACCUUAUACCCUUCUAUUCGCUACAAACAAGUAGAAGACUUGAAACCUGAUUAUGUUUAUACAGCAGCCAAGUCCUCUUCUUCUAUGGUGGAUACGUAUUAUAACGAUAUCAAAUCCACACUUAGUCAACAAUGGCAAGAAAAAUUUCCUAUGAUUGCAGCUACACCUCUUUAUAAACAAGGCAAACGCAUUUAUGACUAUAUCUAUUCGACUUAUUUAAAGCCAUCCGAUGCUAUCCUAGAACACCCUAAAUUCAAUUCAAACAAAGAUACAGUCGUAUACAUGGCUUGGCACCCACACCAGGACAUACUUGCUAUAGUUGAUAAACAUGACGAUGUCUACAUUUAUGAAAAGCAUGAUACUGUCUGGACAUGUCAAGUAUUAAGAGACAUUCAAAUGAAAGACGUAACAGCAUUAGAAUGGAAGCAUAGAUCAGCAGGCACCUUGGCUGUUGGAUGUAAGCAAGGUGUAUGUGUCUGGACAAUACCAAGAGUAGCCACAGAUCAAGAACCUCAAUUCCAUCCCUCAGCUUCUAUGGUCUAUUUGUCCUAUCAAGGUCAUGAUCAUGUAAGUUCACUAGCAUGGGAUCCUACACCCGGUAGUCAUCUCUUGGCUGUUGGUUCCGCUGUCUCGAAUGCACUUGUGAUUUAUGAUAUGUUGCUCAAGAGAACACACGUAUUAAAGAGAUAUGGUCAUGGUUGUAUUAUGUUGCGAUGGAGUCCUAAUGGUGAAUGGUUAUUUGAAGGCGGUUCGAUUGGUACAUCCCGUAUGUGGGACACAAAACACUGGGAAUCAAAGGUGAUCAGUAAUCCUCCUAUCCAUAGUGUUGUGGAUCAUCCAUUGGCUUCUUUGCCAGUCACUACUGUCACGACUGAAUCUAGAGAGCAGAUCAAGGCUGGUGGUGUGAUUCGCGAUAUUAGUCUGGAUGGCUCCAGAUUGGCUAUUGCUUUUGAAAAUACACCAUUGAUUGCCUUGUAUUCACUUAAACAAGACUCACCUCUUAAUUUGAAUACAGAGCCUAUUCUUUUCCCUAUGUAAGUCAGAAUGAGAUCGUAUUCGUCUCAUUUAUUCGUUUAUUCUAGUGGCUAUGUUCAUGGAUCAAGCGUAUGUAUGGACAACACUGCAAUGUCUGUUACUGCUAUAGAUAGUCAACCACUUGGUAUCUCAUUUUGCAAGAACCAUAAACAAGGCUCAGUCAUGGCUAUCUUAUGGAAGCAUGGACUAGUGACAUUUGUGACUCACAAGUACCUCACAAAUGAAGAAGUGCGAAAAAGA